GGAUGCUUCAGAGUCAACCACCAAUAAUUACCAAGAAGAACAACAGUUUGAUCAAAGACCAAAAAUCUAAUAAUUGUAGUAGUAUUAGCACUGAGCUAAAAGCUGAAAACUUUCUUUACUCUUUCAAGAAUUAACCACUUGGGCAGGUAGAGUUGAUGGCAGAGAAUGGAUUAGGGUCAUCAGUGGUGGGGGGUGGUGGUGGAGGUGAGACAUGGAAGGCACAGUUAGGGAUGUUAAUAGUGCCCAUGAUCCAUGGUGGUUACCAUGUAAUAACCAAAGUGGUACUCAAUGAUGGUGUCAACCAAAUAGUUUACUGUGCCUACAGAGAUCUCAUUGCCCUUUCUAUCCUUGCUCCUCUUGCCUAUUUCCAUGAAAAGCAGAGAAGACCACCAAUUACUAAGGGUCUAUUAAUCUCAUUCUUCUUUGUUGGAUUAUUUGGGGUAGUUGGCAACCACCUUUUGUUUGUUAUUGGUCUAAGCUAUACUAAUCCAUCAUAUGCUUCUGCCUUAGAGCCAACAGUUCCAGUCUUUACAUUUCUCUUUUCUCUAAUCAUGGGCAUAGAAAAAGUGAACUUGUUAAGGUAUGAAGGUGUGGCAAAGGUUGUUGGAACUGUUGUCUGUGUUUCUGGUGCCAUAUUGAUGGUUGUAUAUCAUGGUCCAGUUGUUAUAGGAAAUUCAGAAACAGGACUGCAACAUGUAUCACAAGAUGCAUCUGGAAUGUUAAUUGAUGGGUUGAAGUUUAUAGGAUUAGAUCAAUUCAGUCUUGGGGUUAUAUGCAUAAUAGGACACUGCUUGUCCAUGGCUGCUUAUCUGGCCAUUCAGGCACAAUUACUGAAAAAGUACCCCACAAAUAUAUCUCUCACGGCGUAUUCAUACUUUUUUGGAGCUGGAUUGAUGGUGAUAAUAUCAAUAUUUAUGUCUAAUGAGAUAACAGACUGGAUUUUGAUGCCGUCGGAAAUACUUGCUGUUCUUUACGCUGGAAUUGUUGCAUCCGCCCUUGCUUAUGGACUGAUAACAUGGUGCAACAAGAUUUUGGGGCCAAUUAUGAUUGCCCUUUUUAGCUCCCUUCAACCUGCAUGUUCUACUUCCCUGUCUCUAAUUUUUCUUGGUACUCCUCUUUACUUGGGAAGUAUACUUGGAGGAACUUUUAUCAUUGCUGGCCUAUAUAUUGUUACUUGGGGAUCUUACAAAGAAAACCAGGCAAAUGCUGGAGUUAUUGCUUUUGAAUCUUGUGUGUCUGAUCCACUUCUUCAAGAAAAGACUGUGUGUCAGAAGGCUCAAGAUUAGUGCAUCCCUCAAGUCAUUGGGUUAAGGAACUGAACUGAACUGAAUUGUAUAAUAUUGUAUAUUAGUGUGCAUCAAAAGUGUUCUGUUCCAUGUUUGGUUCCUGUGAAUUUAAAAAUGUUUAUGCUAGCUGCUUAUGCUUGCAUCAGGUUAGGCCGCCUACUUUAUACCAUUUGAGUGAGCUUUUUCGGAACCUCGUGUGGAUAGGUCAUUUUCCGGAGUUUACAUAAUGUGAAAGGCUUUGUCCCAUGCUAUCCUAUGUUGUUUUAGGACCAACUCUAGAGAGACCAAUUUUUACAUCAUUUUAAGUCAGAAAUUUAUGUUUCAUAUGAUAAGGAUCCUUGUUUCAUUUUUAGGAUAAAAUCCAAUAUUUGACUUCAUUUA